UAGGAACACGUAUAUAGAUAUUAUCUUUGGAUAAAUGUGCUAAUUUUGGAGAAGUAACUGAUCUCCACAAACUCACGGAUAUUAAGCGAUCCUUGGAUAACGAUGGAUGUUUCCGUGUGGAUUCUGUUCCCUCUGCUUUGUUUAUGGGAGGCAUCAUCCGGUCAGAUUUCUUACUCCGUUUCAGAGGAGGUGAACAAGGGAACCGCUGUUGGAAACAUCGCUAAAGAUCUCAAUCUCAAUGUUCAGGAACUGGAGUCUCGUAUGUUUCAGGUUGUAUCUGAAUCGAGCAAGAAGUAUUUUGAUGUGAACCUGAAGUCCGGUGUUUUGUUCGUGAAUGAGAGAAUCGACCGAGAGGAGAUUUGUGGGACCAGUGAGAAAUGCUCUCUGAGUGUACAGGCAAUAGCACACAAUCCCAUGAGUAUCUUUCGUGUUGAAAUUGUUAUCCUCGAUAUAAAUGACAACGCACCUUCUUUUUCCGUUAAUUCACUAACUUUAAAUUUAACAGAAAACAUAGUUACUGGAGAGCGAUUUCUUCUGCCUGUGGCUAAGGACGUGGAUGUGGGCAGUAACUCAGUGAAAGCCUACAAGCUGAGUCCAAAUGAACACUUCUCUCUGGAUGUGCAGAGCGGAGGAGAGCAGAGUGUCUCUGCUGAGUUGGUGCUACAGAAACCUUUAGACCGAGAGAAACAGGCUGUGAUUCAGCUCGUACUGACUGCUGUAGACGGAGGAAAACCUCCCAUAUCCGGUACACUAAAGAUUAUCAUACAUGUCAUGGAUAUCAAUGACAAUAGUCCAAUUUUCAGCAAAUCCUUGUACAAAGUCAAAGUUGCAGAGAAUGUUAAAAUUGGAUAUAAAUUAAUACGUGUCGAAGCAACCGAUAUAGAUGAAGGUAUGAACGGUGAAAUUGUUUACUCUUUCGUUGGCCAUGGUAAUAAUAAAGAAUAUGAUAUAUUUUCUAUUGAUCCUCAUUCAGGGGAAAUAUCAGUAAUAGGUGAUCUUAAUUAUGAAGCAAACGUUGGCAUUGAGUUGCGCGUGCAGGCGGCUGAUCAAGGACAAUAUCCUAAAACUACCCAUUGCAAAGUUUUAGUAGAAGUAAUCGACAUGAAUGACAAUGCGCCACAGAUAUCAGUGACGUCACUCAUGAGCACAGUUAGGGAAGAUUCUGAGUCUGGGGCUGCGGUAGCGUUAGUAAUGCUGUCUGAUAAAGAUGGCGGUAAAAAUGGAGUUGUGAACGGCCACAUCAGCGGAACUGUUCCGUUUAAACUGCAGUCGUCUUAUAAAAACCAGUACUCUCUGGUAGUGGACGGACCUUUAGAUAGAGAGCGUCACCCCCAGUACAACAUCACCAUCACAGCCGUAGAUGAGGGAACCCCCCCUCUCUCUAGCACCAGUGUUGUUACUGUGCACAUUUCUGAUGUGAACGACAACCCACCCUGCUUCCCAGAGCCCAUUGUCAACGUGUAUUUAAGAGAAAAUAGUCCAGUUGGAGACCUGGUGGUUAGCGUGAUUGCUCAUGACGCGGAUGAAAACGACAACGCGCAUAUAUCUUAUUCUCUGAAAGGUAAUGCUAUGGCUUCAUCACUAAUCAACAUCAAUGAUUUGACGGGCGAAAUAUACAGUCUGCAGUCGUUUAACUAUGAAGAAACUAAACGAUUCCAGUUCCAAGUUCAGGCCACAGACGGUGGUGUUCCUCCUCUGAGCAGCAACGUGACCGUGAACGUUUUUAUCCAGGAUGAAAAUGACAACACUCCUGUUAUUCUCCCGCCCUAUUCUGACCAAGGCUCUGUCAACUCUGAGAACAUUCCCUACUCUGCUGAAGCGGGCUACUUUUAUCAGUGAUAUUUCUACUGAGCCUCAUCAGUUUAAUAGCGGUAAAAUGCCACAAGACAGACGGCAGUUUCAGCAGGUACAGCGCCCCAAUGAUAACCACCCACCCUGACGGGAGCUGGUCUUACUCCAAAUCUACUCAGCAGUAUGACGUGUGUUUUAGCUCAGACACAAUGAAGAGUGACGUCGUGGUUUUCCCCACGUCGU